AUGAUGACAAUUCAGGCCUCCAAGUUCACUCCAGAGGUUCUGCUCUCUGCCCCGCGCAGGUCUCCUGGCAUUCCCAACCCCGCCGGCACCAAGGUGCUGUACACCGUUUCGGCCUACUCUUUCGACUCCCACCGCAAGACGUCUCAGACCCGAGUUCUCGACGUCGAGAGCGGCCACUCCGCCCUUCUCUACGAGGAAGCUUCUUACGGGGAUGCGACAUGGAUAUCAGACCGGGAGAUUCUUCUUCUGAGGACUGGUGAUAAGGGAACCACUAGUCUUUUGCUGGGAGACAUUACCAAACCAUCAGUAGUGACCGAAAUUCGCCAUUUCGAAGGUAGCCUGUCAAGCCUCAAAGUAAAACGACUGUCGGACGAUGAAGUCGCCAUCGCCGUGUGUGUCUUGACAACCCCCGAGGGCUCCAUGUAUAAUCCCGCCGCCGAGAAGAAGCAACACACAACCGGGAAGAUCUACUCGAGCUUAUUUGUCAGACACUGGGACACCUGGAUUUCCGAAAACCAGAACUCCAUCUGGUAUGGUCUUCUCCGGAAGGAUGACAAGACGUACAAACUGGAGCAUCCGGGCUUGGUCAACGCUCUCGAGGGAUCGAAGCUGCAGUCCCCGGUCCCCCCAUUUGGCGGCGCAGGUGACUUUGACAUCGGCAAGAAUGGCAUUGUGUUUGUUGCACGGGACCCCGAGAUCUCCCCCGCAAUAUACACGAAAACGGACCUAUACUUCGUUCCUUUGAAGGCUUUCACGGAGACAAAGCCGCCAGUGCCGCAGCUUGUUAAGACAAGCAAGUUGCGCGGAUACUCGGCAGCGCCCGUUUUCUCCAGGGAUGGGGAGAAGGUUGUUUUCACCCGGAUGAAGAGUGAUCAGUACGAGACGGACAAGCCAAGGCUGAUGCUGGUCCCAAACGUUUUCGAUCUUGCAAGCGUGCAAGAGUUCUACCAGACGGACGACGGUGCUGGCGGGUGGGACGCACGACCCGAGUGGAUUACUUGGAGCAAGGACGAUUCGGAGCUCUACGUCUCUGCAGAAGAGCACGGUCGAGCAAAGCUUUGGAAGCUCCCCUCAUCACCGCACGAGGCGAUAGACUUGCCAGCAGCGGUCUAUGAGGAGGGGUCUGUCAUUGAAGCAAAACUCCUAGGGGACGAUGGAGAUAAGCUUUUCCUCAGCACAUCAUCCCGAGUUGAAAACUCGGCUUACUGGGUUCUAGACCCGGCCAGCAAGAAGACGGAUCUUGUCUCGUCGAGUUCGAAGCAUGGCAAGUCUUUCGGUCUUUCCAGUUCCCAGUGCGACGAGUUCUGGUUCAAGGGAGCAGAGGGAUACGACGUACAUGCCCUGGUGGUGAAACCCUCGGACUUUGACGAGAACAAGAAGUACCCUCUUGCUUUCCUUAUCCACGGAGGACCGCAGGCCGCGUGGAUGGACAGCUGGAGCACCCGAUGGAACCCGGCCAUCUUCGCGGAGCAGGGCUACAUUGCAGUCAUGCCUAACCCGACGGGAAGCACUGGCUACGGACAGCAGCAUACCGACAACAUACAGAACGAGUGGGGUGGCCGCCCGUACGUCGACCUGGUCAAGUGUUUUGACCACAUUGAGAAGAACAUCCCCUACAUUGACUCAGGCAACGCUGUCGCUCUGGGCGCUUCCUAUGGAGGCUACAUGAUCAACUGGAUCCAAGGUCACGAGCUUGGAAGGAAGUUCAAGGCAUUGGUGUGCCAUGAUGGCGUGUUUUCGACGCUCAACCAGUGGUCCACUGAGGAGCUCUUCUUCCCUCUGCAUGACUUCGGCGGCCCUCUCUGGGAGAACCGCGAGGGCUACGAGAAAUGGGAUCCUGCCCACCAUCUUGAUCAGUGGUCGACACCUCAGUUGGUCAUUCACAACGAGCUGGACUACAGGUUGCCCAUCUCGGAAGGUCUGGCCAUGUUCAAUGUUCUGCAAGCCCGUGGGGUGCCCAGCAAACUGUUGAUGUUCCCCGAUGAAAACCAUAUAAAAAGAAACACCGAUACAUAUAUACGCACAAUGACGCCCCCGCCGCUCCUAUACCAUGCCCUCCUCCGCCCCGUAGUCCUCCAGAUUCUGCGCACGACGGGCUACCACGCUUCACGCCCCGUUGUCCUCGACGCCUUGACGGAGCUCGCGGCGCGCUACAUGUACGCGCUGUGCCAGGCGACGGCGCGCCACGCCGCCGACAACAACCCAGAAGGCGAGGCCCCCGGCAUAGUCGAUGUGCGCAUGGCGCUGCAGGAGCUCGGUGCGGUGCCUCCGGACGACGUGCUCGCCGACGGCAGGGGCGCGAUCCUGGGCGAGAUCAUGGACUCGAUCGAACGAGGCGUCAGGAGUGGAGAAGCAGCGACAAUGGGAGACGAACCUGACGGCGAGGAGGAUCUCGCGAUGACGACGGCGCUUGCCGAGGUCGCGCGGGAGAGGGAGAGGGUUGAGGAUACCAGGGGCGUGGAGGAGUUCACCAAGUGGUUCUCUGGACCACGGAACAAAUCCAUCCGGGAGGCGGCGGUCGGCGACGGAGAGCUGGAGAUGGGCGAUUACUUGAACGGUUCGUUUAUCCCACUCCCGACAACCCUCCUUGCUGGACCCUAUUUGACUGAGGCACUCGUUCUGAAGAAGAAACACAGCAAGACCGGCGAAGACUCCAAAUACCACGGCACGAUCAUCGGGAAAGGCAACGACGUCGGCGAGGUCCAGGUCGAGGGCGGCGACCUGCCAAGCAUCCACACCUGGCGAACCAAGAUGCAGGGGCCCCUAUCGGGCAGUGCGCCAUCGGCGACAUCGCCGCGCAUCAAGGAAGAGUCAAGGCCACCGAGCUCCGGGCUGAGCUCCGUCGGCGACAGGCUGGGCGACGACCGGGACGGCAUGGACUUGUCGUAG